AUGACCAAGAGCAAGGACCAAGCCGCCAGUUUUGUCUCCGUCAUGGAUUUCAGUGAACACGACAACUCAGAAAUCUUACGUGCCGUUCUCCUGAGGACCAAGGGAGACUACCAACGUGCACUUUGCAUCUUUGAUAAGUUAUUGCCUCUCAAGAAUGCUUUGUCUUCGCGUGGCCAGCUUCGUAUGCCUCUAAUUGCUUCCGUCAGAUUCCUCUCACUACACCCGAGGAAUUCCGAUGAACAGCAAUAG